AUGACCCCCAUUUACUAUGGACCUUCCACCUUGGUCACCUUCCACCUUGGUCACCUUCCACCUUGGUCACCUCCCACCUUGGUCACCUUCCACCUUGGUCACCUUCCACCUUGGUCACCUUCCACCUUGGUCACCUUCCACCUUGGUCACCUUCCACCUUGGUCACCUUCCACCUUGGUCACCUUCCACCUUGGUCACCUUCCACCUUGGUCACCUUCCACCUUGGUCACCUUCCACUUGAGUCCCCACCAUGCACUUCCAUCAUGGCCUUUCACCAUCACCACUUUGAACUCAACCUUCAUACCUUCCCUAUCCACUUCGAUCAACAACCACAACCAGUCUGACCGUGGCGGGCUUCGGCUUCAGGACAAUCGGUAG